CUUUUUAUCUUCACCCAAUCUCCCUUCAAAAGCCUCAAAUCAUUUUUCGACAAUCACAAAGAAAACACACACACAGAUAGAGCAGAGCCAUGGCUUCUUCUUCUUCCCUCACACUCUCUCAGGCCAUACUCUCUCGCUCCACCAUCUCUCGCCACGGCUCUGCCCAGCAGCUCCACCCUUCUCCCACAUCCGCCGCUCUCUCCAUCCCCUCAUUCUCCGGCCUUAAAGCCGCCUCCUCCUCCGCCGCUGCUUCCGUCUCCCGCCGCCGCGCACCCGCCACCCGUCUGCCCGUCCGCGCAUCAGCCGCCGUCGAGACCCUCGAGAAGACCACCGAUGCCCUCGUUGAGAAGUCCGUCAACACAAUCCGGUUCCUCGCGAUUGACGCCGUCGAGAAGGCGAACUCCGGCCACCCUGGUCUGCCGAUGGGAUGCGCUCCGAUGGGACACGUUCUGUACGAUGAGGUGAUGAGGUACAACCCUAAGAACCCUUAUUGGUUCAAUCGCGAUCGCUUCGUUCUCUCCGCCGGACACGGGUGUAUGCUGCAGUACGCACUCCUUCACCUCGCCGGAUACGACGCCGUCAAGGAAGAGGAUUUGAAGAGUUUCCGUCAAUGGGGAAGCAAGACCCCUGGUCACCCCGAGAACUUUGAGACACCUGGCGUUGAAGUCACCACUGGCCCGCUCGGUCAAGGUAUUGCAAAUGCUGUUGGUUUGGCACUUGCCGAGAGUCACUUGGCUGCCCGAUACAACAAACCUGAUAGCAAGAUCGUUGACCACUACACAUACUGUAUUCUUGGUGAUGGGUGUCAAAUGGAGGGUAUCUCUAAUGAAGCCUGCUCCCUUGCUGGACAUUGGGGACUUGGGAAGUUGAUUGCAUUUUACGAUGACAAUCACAUCUCCAUUGACGGUGACACAGAGAUUGCUUUCACCGAAAAUGUUGACCAACGUUUCGAGGCUCUGGGAUGGCAUGUAAUCUGGGUGAAGAACGGUAACACCGGUUAUGAUGAAAUCCGUGAUGCAAUCAAGGAAGCAAAGUCUGUCACAGACAAGCCCACUCUAAUCAAGGUUACUACCACCAUUGGAUUUGGCUCGCCAAACAAGGCGAAUUCAUACAGUGUCCAUGGAGCUGCUUUGGGCACCAAAGAAGUGGAAGCCACCAGAGAAAACCUCGGAUGGCCAUAUGAGCCAUUCCACGUACCCGAUGAAGUCAAGAAACAUUGGAGCCGACACACUCCCGAAGGAGCUGCUUAUGAAUCCGAAUGGAACUCCAAAUUCGCCGAAUACGAGAAGAAGUACCCAGAGGAAGCAGCUGAGCUGAAAUCAAUCAUCACCGGUGAACUACCUUCCGGUUGGGAAAAGGCUCUUCCCAAAUACACACCCGAAACCCCAGGCGAUGCAACAAGAAACCUCUCCCAGACAAACCUCAACGCACUCGCAAAGGUUCUCCCCGGUCUAAUUGGAGGCAGUGCAGAUCUCGCCUCAUCCAACAUGACCCUCUUGAAAAUGUUCGGCGACUACCAAAAGAAAACACCCGAAGAGCGAAACGUUCGCUUCGGUGUCCGUGAGCACAGCAUGGGAGCCAUAUGCAACGGAAUUGCCCUCCACAGCCCGGGCUUCAUUCCUUACUGUGCAACCUUCUUCGUCUUUACAGACUACAUGAGAUCAGCCAUGAGAAUCUCAGCCCUCAGCGAAGCUGGAGUCAUCUAUGUCAUGACCCACGACUCAAUCGGGCUCGGUGAAGAUGGCCCCACCCAUCAGCCCAUCGAACACUUGGCCAGUUUCAGGGCAAUGCCCAACAUACUCAUGCUCCGCCCCGCCGAUGGAAACGAGACAGCUGGCUGUUACAAAGUUGCCGUCGACAACAGAAAACGACCCUCAGUUCUUGCACUCUCUCGUCAGAAGCUGCCCAAUCUGGCCGGAACUUCGAUCGAGGGGGUCGAAAAGGGGGGCUACACCAUUUCAGACAAUUCUUCUGACAACAAGCCGGAUGUUAUCUUGAUUGGAACUGGCUCUGAGUUGGAGAUUGCAGCUAAAGCUGCGGAUGAACUGAGAAAGGAAGGCAAGAAAGUGAGAGUUGUGUCGUUUGUUUCUUGGGAGCUUUUUGAGGACCAGUCAGCCGAGUACAAGGAAAGUGUGCUGCCGAGUGCUGUGACAGCUAGGGUUAGCAUUGAGGCUGGAACAACUUUCGGGUGGCAUAAGAUUGUUGGGAGUAAAGGAAAGGCGAUCGGGAUUGAUAAAUUUGGAGCGAGUGCACCUGCAGGGAAGAUAUACAAGGAGUACGGUAUUACGGCCGAAGCUGUUAUAGCUGCAGCUAAGGAAGUAUGUUAAGCAACAAUGGUGGUUUUUUGAGCUUCUUGGAUUCUGCUUGUGUCGAAAAAAGAAAAUAACAAACAGAGUUCGAAUAAAGAAGACCAUUUACAGUCUUUUGUUCCCCUUCUUUUUUUUUUUGUAGUCGAAAAACGAUGAGGAGAGAGACUAGGCAAUAUGAAUCCAUUCUCCUUGAUUUGUACAACUUGAACAUCAUCUUUGAUUUUGUAAGUCAAUGUGUUUUUUUGAUUGAUCAUAAGUUCUUUUCGUUAA